GGGGGCGGUUUUGCCCUGUGUGCGGUUGUUGCCUGCCCUUAGAACUGUAUACGGACAUAAAUAUUACCUUCCUGCGAUCGCGGAUUGAGCAGUAGCGAGCGCUGUGCACUAGACGCACUGCCAAGCCACUCAAAGGCCUGCAGCGUGCAAUUUGCGCGAGUCGAGCAACGCGUCGAGCAACGCGUGCCAUCGAUGCUACUGCUAGGAGGCCGGUCCUUGUUGAGGUCACCCACGCUGCGGGUGGCGAGAGCACCGACGCUCCUGAUGGCCGUCGCGGCGCGCGCGCUGUCGGCGCCGGCGCUGCCGCGGCCGCCGAGCAUCAGCGCCGCCUUCGACAGCGGCAACAUAGAAGUAAAAGACGUCGCCUGCGGCUCUGACGACGCCCACACGUUCACGCUGAAGAUCCGCCCCGACGCGUACACGCACGGUACCGAUAAAACGGCGCAUUUCCAGUGGUUCCACUUCCGGGCCUCGGGCGUGCGAGGCAAGAAAUGCACCUUCGUCCUGGAAAACGCCGGCGACGCAUCUUACCCCGAGGGCUGGGAGGACUACAAGACCGUGGCGUCCUACGACCGCUUGGACUGGUUUCGGAUCGCCUCGACGGAGUACAAGGACGGGAAGCUGUCCUGGACGCUCGAGCCGGAGCGCGACUCCGUUUGGUUCUCGUAUUUCGCUCCGUACUCGUGGGAGCGGCACGAGCGACUCGUGGCGGAGCUGAGCGGGCCGGGCCAGCUUGGUACACACACAUCUAUUGGCGAGACGCUGGAAGGCCGGCCGCUCGACUUGUUGACUUUUGGGGAUGGACCUUUGACAAUAUGGGCGACGGCGCGCCAGCACCCCGGCGAGUCCAUGGCCGAGUGGUGCGCCGAGGGUCUAGGUCGGUUCUUAAACAGCGUCGACGACCCGCUGGCGCGCGAGCUGCGGCGCGUCGCGACGGUGCGGCUCGUGCCAAACAUGAACCCGGACGGGGCCGUCGCCGGCUAUUUGAGGGUUAACGCGGCCGGCGCCAACCUAAACCGGGAGUGGGCGUCCGGCGUCUACGAGGGCUACGACGCGCCUUCAUUGGAACGGUCGCCCGAGGUAUUCUACACGCUCGCGGCGAUGGACCAGUUGGGCAUGGACGCACAUGUGGAUAUUCACGGCGACGAGGCCAUCGCCGCAAACUUCUUCGCGGGGACGGAAGGCAUCCCCUCCUGGGACGAAUCCUUGGCGGCGCAGCUGAAGGCUCUUUCCGACGCGUUCUUACGGCGCUCGCCAGAUUUCCAGGUCGGUCUGGGCUACGACGUCGAGCCGCCGGGCGAGGGCAACAUGGCGGUCGGGUCGAACGCGGUCGCCGAGCGCUACAACGCGUUGAGCGUCACGCUCGAGAUGCCCUUCAAGGACACGUUGACGCCCGCCGAGGCGGCCGAUCCCGUGCGCGGCUGGUCGCCGGGCCGCGCGAAGGCGUUCGGCGCGGCGCUCGGGGCCGCUUUACUCGAUGCGGCGCCCACCGUUGCUGCUGCGCGCGGCAAGGAGCUGCACUAA